AUUUUUUUUUCUAAAUAUAUGACUUCGUCAACAAAGUUCGAAAAUGAUUUUAUACAAAUAAUUUUUCUUUGUACAAAAAGAAAUUUAUGCUAAAAAGUGUUAAAUAGUCUGAUUGUCAAUAACUGCUUACAGCUGUUGUGUGAGUGCAAAAGAGACAACUAUAGAGCUGGUGUUAUAAAAAUCACAUUUUCGAUUUCCAAAAAAAAGAAAAAAUUAAAUAAAAACGAAACUUCCGGACGGACAAACAAUCGUCUUGAUUGUCGAACAAGACGAGAUUAUAAAAUCAAUAAAGGAAAUCCUAUAAUCAACUCCACAACAUCUCCUCCGUCGUCGUCAUCAUCGCUUUGGUCACAUACACAUAACAGAAAUAAAAUAGUAGAAGCAAAAUCUCUAGAAAUUUAACAAACAACAUAAAGUUGUUAUAAAAACAAACAAAAACAACGUAGAAUACUAAAAUAUUUGGAAAAAAGCAAGAAAAAAAAGAUUUACGCCUCGUCCUCUUCUCCUCCCCUUUUGUAAAAAUCAAUAAAAAUAAAACACACACACAGACACAAUGGAGUUACGUGUGGGUAAUAAAUAUCGCCUUGGACGCAAAAUAGGCUCUGGUUCAUUUGGCGAUAUCUAUCUGGGCACAACAAUUAACACAGGCGAAGAGGUGGCCAUUAAAUUAGAAUGUAUACGCACCAAACACCCACAGUUGCAUAUUGAAUCAAAAUUCUACAAAAUAAUGCGUGGUGGCAUUGGGAUACCGCGGAUUAUUUGGUGUGGCAGUGAGGGUGAUUACAAUGUUAUGGUUAUGGAAUUAUUGGGUCCCUCAUUAGAAGAUUUAUUCAAUUUCUGCAAUCGUCGCUUCACACUGAAAACCGUGCUGCUAUUAGCCGAUCAAAUGAUAUCACGCAUCGAUUUCAUACAUUCGCGUGAUUUCAUACAUCGAGAUAUAAAACCGGACAAUUUCCUUAUGGGCUUGGGCAAAAAAGGAAAUCUCGUAUACAUAAUUGACUUUGGUCUAGCGAAAAAGUUCCGUGAUUCAAGAACCAUGAAACACAUACCGUAUCGAGAGAAUAAAAAUCUUACCGGUACCGCUAGAUAUGCCUCGAUCAAUACACAUUUGGGCAUUGAGCAGUCAAGACGUGAUGACUUGGAGUCUUUGGGCUAUGUGCUCAUGUAUUUCAAUUUGGGAGCACUGCCCUGGCAGGGAUUAAAGGCCGCCAACAAACGACAAAAGUAUGAGCGUAUCUCAGAGAAGAAACUAUCAACUACGAUCAUUUCCCUGUGUAAGGGCUUCCCUAGUGAGUUCAUAAAUUAUUUGAAUUUCUGCCGCCAAUUGCAUUUUGAACAGCGUCCCGACUACUGUUAUUUGCGCAAACUGUUCCGUAAUCUGUUUCAUCGUCUGGGUUUCACAUAUGACUAUGUCUUCGAUUGGAACCUAUUGAAGUUCGGUGGACCACGCAAUCCUCAGGCCAUACAGCAGGCUCAGGAUGGCAAUAAUGGACAGCAACAGGAUGGCAAUGGCCAACAGCAGCAGCAACAACAGACGACCCAGCAACAGCACCAACACAGUCAAAAUCAAAUCAGCAGUGGUGUGGCGACUGUGGGCGCCAGUGGCACUCAGCAGCUUAUGAGCAGCGGCGGUGCAGGCGGUCAAACAUUGGUUAGCAGUAGUGGUGGCAUGAUGGGUGCUGGCUCCCAAAUGCUAGUAGGCGGUGGCGCUGGUGGCAACGGCGGCCUCACUAUGGAUGACUCAAUGGCUGCCACGAAUUCAUCACGUCCUCCCUACGAUACACCUGAACGUCGUCCCUCGAUUCGCAUGCGCCCUGGUGGUGGUGUUCAGCCGGGCGGCGUUGUUACCGAUAUAAGAAAUGCAAAAUAAUAUCUUAUCUUUUAGAUUCUUUCUUUAUUGCUAUCAAUCUAUCGUCGUAUAUGUUUUUCUUUUUUACUUGCGUCUCUAUGUUUAAAAAAAGAAAACACACAAACAACUGAUUUGGAAACAAAAAACACCGCUCGUGUGUCUGUGUGUGUAUGUCGUCGCCCUAGUUUGUAGGAACUUGUAUAUUUUUUAGAUGUUUUUUUUUAAUUUCAUUAUUAUAACAAAAUGCAAUUAUAAGUUUUCCUUUUCUUCUUAGAAAUUAAAGAAAAACAAUUCGUUUCAUAAUUUCUCAUCAUCACCAGCCAACAACCAUCCUCAGAAUUUAUAAGAAUUAUUUUUUGUUAAAUAAUGAAAUGAAGAUUUAAUUUUGUAGAGAGAAGAUUAUGAAACUGGUAAACCACUAUUUAGGAAUAGAACUACAUAUUUGUUUUUAUUAUUAGUAAUAAUAAUUUUUAUUUAAAGAAAAAAUUAAAAAAAAAAGUUUUGUGAAAAUCCGGGGAAAAAAGUGUGGCUUGCUUUAAAAAUGACGUCUACUCUUAGAUUUUGUAAUUUUUAACACUACAACUUAAAGGGGAGUAAGAAUCUAAGCAAGUUAUUUUUUUUUCUUUUGCUUUCUCUUCUCUCAUCUAAUAAUAAUAUCAUCUUCUGUUAAACAAAAAAAUAAAACGAAAAUUAUUAUUUUUCCUUAACAAAAAAACGAAUAUUAAUUAAAUGUUAUGCUUUAUUUUGAAAUGAACAGAAAUAUACUAUUAUACAUAAUACUACAUAUAAUUAAUUUACCUUAUGAUUAUUGUAAUUUUAUACAAAUAAAUGAAGUUUAAAUAUAAACAAAAACUAAAAAAACAAUAUCUUCUCUCUCACUCUCGUUCUGACUUUCAAUUUGACAAAAAAUAAUAAUAAUAAUAAAACAAAUUUAAUAAUUUAACAGAACUGCAACAUAUGCUCUAAAAGAGAUCAUUUAAUUUAAAAAAUAAAAUUGUACAUUAUAAAAACACAUUUUACAUAUGUAUAACAUGGGUUUGGUUUACUUUAGACAAAAAAUGUUGAUACACAUUGUUGUAUUUAAAAGAGAAUUUUAAAGUGCAUUUCUUUAAAAUGUUAAUAAAAUUUGUUCAACUGUUUUGAUUCUUUCUUUUUUUAGAAAACAACAAAAUUAUAAAUUAAAAUUUUUAACAAAAAAAUUUUAAACAAAUUUCGAAUUUCAUUUCAAAAAGUUGAUCUCAAAUUUUAUUUCUCUUUUAAAUUCAUGCUAAUAUAAGGGUAGAUAUUAGGAAUAUUUAAAAACUAUGUUUUUUUUUUUAAAUCUAUAUUUAGUUGCACUGCCAAACAUUUUCUCCUUGGAUUACAUUCAAAAAUUUCUCAUUGCUUAUUUAACAACAAAAAUUAAAUGUCUAAUUUAAUUUCAAGAAAAAUCUAUAAAAUAUCCAAGUGACUUCUAAAUACUUUUGAAUCUUUUCAGUUAUAUUUUAAAAACUAACCCCAGUGUAUCAACAUUUCAUGACCACAAAUUUCCUUUUUUAUUUUUAUUAUUCCCUACAAGCAGAAAUAUUUGUUUUUAUUGAAUAAAUCUAGAUGUAGAUCCUACAUACUAACCAG